GGGGACACACUGUGUCAGUCCAACAACCUACUUGUGCUCUUGGAAAAGUAGAUUAACCUUCUGUGACCUUGAGCCCUCUAGCAAUUUUGGAUUAAAACUCUGAUGAAGCUCUGGGGUUCCCGUAUCUUCUCUCUCUCUCUCUCUCUCUCUCUCUCUCUCUCUCUCUCUCUCUUUGUGUGUUUCUCUCUCCUGCAGGUGAAGAAGCAACUGAGGUCUGACGCUGCUGCUUCUCUGGAUCUGAUCUGCAACCAGGCGUUAAGGAAGCAGGAUGCCUGAGCUUAUCUCUGUCCAGGACUUUAUCUCCCAGACCCAAGAGGAUCUCAGCUCUCCGACCACCUCCUCCUUUUCCAGCCACAUGGGCAAAUGCAGGAACACCGUUUGCAGCCUAGAGGAGGCUUUAGAUUCUGAUCGAAUCGUUCUGCAAAAAAUGAGGAAAGCAGUGAAAGCAGAGCACACAACUGGACAAGAUCUCAUUAACCACUUAGAAGCUCACAUUAUUACCCAGGAGAGGUUUUCAGGGAACUAUCACAACAACAGUGAUGAGAAGCUAGCUGAAGCCUUCAUCACCUUUGCUUCAUUCUCACGGGAGCUGCUAGAUGCUGUCAAGAGCCUGUUGCUGAGCCUGUAUCACAACAUUCAUUUUUCCCUGGACUCACUGAUCAAGGGAGACUUUAAAGGGGACUUUAAAAAGCCUUUUGAGAAAGCAUAUAAAGACUAUGAGAGCAAACUUGCAAAGAUAGAGAAGGAAAAACGAGAGCUGGCAAAACAGUAUGGGAUGGUGCGGACAGAGGUUGCAGGAGGGGAGAUUGCUGAGGAGAUGGAAAAGGAACGAAGGAUGUUCCAGUUACACAUGUGUGAGUACCUAAUUAAAGUGAAUGAGAUUAACACCAAGAAAGGAGUUGACUUGCUGCAGAACAACAUCAAUCACUGCAACUCCCAGUUCAAUUUUUUCCAGGCAUGUUUAAAGGCAACAGAGAAGCACAAACAGUUUAUAGAGAAUCUUACUCCUGAGCUUCAAAGUAUGAAGGCCAAGCAGGACGAGGAGAAGAAGCAGUUGUGCUCUCUUCGCGAUCAGCUGAAAGCAGCACUGCAGCUGGAGCCCAAAGAGGUAAAACUGAAUUCUGUUAGCAAGCCAUUGAGAUACAGCAUGCACCAGUUACAGGGAAAUAAGCAGUAUGGCACAGAGAGAUCUGGGAGUCUCUUUAAGAAAAGUGAUGGCUUAAGAAAGGUCUGGCAGAAGAGAAAAUGCACAGUCAGGUAUGGCUACCUGACCAUCUCACACAGCACGCUAAAUCGCAUUCCAGUCAAGCUGAAUUUGCUCACUUGCCAAGUGAAGCCAAACGUGGAUGACAGGAAGUGCUUUGAUCUUAUUUCACAUAACCGAACAUACCACUUUCUAGCAGAGGAUGAACAGGAAUGUACCAUAUGGGUCUCUGUCCUCAGCAAUAGUAAAGAAGAGGCUCUCAACGUGGCAUUCAAACAAGCACAAGGCAGGGAAGAGUGCAGCAUGGACGACCUGACCGGAGCUAUCAUCAAGGAGAUAAAGCGCGUGCCAGGAAACAGCAUGUGCUGUGACUGCUCAGCAUCAGACCCAGCUUGGCUCUCCAUUAAUUUGGGAAUCCUGAUUUGCAUUGAAUGCUCUGGCAUUCACCGAGAGAUGGGUGUCCAUCAUUCCCGUAUUCAGUCAGUAGCCUUGGACAAACUGGCAACCUCAGAGCUUCUGUUGGCAAAGAAUAUUGGAAACACACAGUUUAAUGACAUUGUUGAAGCCAAUCUUCCCAGCGCAUCUCUAAAGCCUUCUACUGAUAGUGCAAUGGCUCUCCGGAAGGAUUUUAUCAUCUCCAAGUAUGUUGAUAGGAAGUAUGUUGCUCGGAGGACCACAGAGAGCCCAGCUGCCAGGCUCAAGGACCUGCAGGAUGCUGUCAAAGACAAGGAUAUAUUUAUCUUGCUUCAGGCAUAUGCUGAAAAGGUGGAUUUAAAUCAGGCCCUUCUGGAGUACAGGCAGGAGCCAGGCGAGACACUUCUCCAUCUGGCGGUUCUAGUAUGUGACCGAACAUCUUUGCAUAUUGUAGAUUUUCUGGUGCAGAAUAGUGGGAGCCUGGUGAAGCAGACCUCCAAAGGCAACACCCCACUUCAUUACUGCAGCCUUCACAAUAAACCUGAAUGCAUAAAACUCCUUCUACGGGCCAGAGCCAACAUCACAAUCACGAAUGAAGCUGGAGAGACAGCCCUCGAUAUUGCUAGGCAAAUGAAUCACGAUGUGUGUGAAAAUCUGCUAUUGCAGGCUCAAAAUGAUCAGUUCAACAUGCGAGCUCAUGUGGAAUAUGAGUGGCGGCUGGGCCAAGAAGACAUGUUUGAAAGCGAUGAUGAUCUGGAUGAGAAGCUUAGUCCAGCGAAAAAAGAUCGCUUUCAUCGUCCUCAGAGCUGCUACAAUCUGCCUGGAACAGCCUCUCAGUCAUGGAAAAAUCCAGCUGACUUCUCCAAGGGAGCCAGUCCACUAUCCCCAGAGAAGCUCCGUGAGCUAUAUGCUGUGCCACAUGUUUCUGCCUCUAGACCCACUGUGGCAACAUCGCCCCCUGCCUGUACAGGCCCACCGCUGCCACCGCGCAAUGCACCUAAAGCCCCCAGCUUCCCUCCUCCACUGCCCCCAUCCAGCUGGUCAGUCCUCCCUGCAGACACAGCACCUAGAAAGAUCCUGCCUCCACCUCUGACAAUUCGACAUAAGCGAACCUCCUCAGAGCCCUCUCCCAGCACACCACUCAAUCCUACCAGCCCAACUGCAGACCCUAGAUCUUUCUCGCUUCCAAGACGUUAUUCUCCAGAAGGAGCCUCAUCUAGGAGGUUGAGUUCUGAUUCUUCUGAACUCCCUGAAGUGGUGGUGGAUUCCUGGCGACAAGCUGCCUUAAAGGAAGAGGGGACAAUUUGUGAGCAAAAUCAACAUGCAAGAAAAAGCCAGUGGACUUCCUCCCCCUCACUGGAAUCACCCUUUGAAUCAUCAGAUGAUGUCCCACCACCACUGCCAAAAAGGGGGGGUUUGAAACACUCCAGUGUGUGUCGGGUCAGAGCUCUUUAUGACUGCCAGGCUGACCAUGAAGAUGAGCUAACCUUCCAGACCGGAGAGAUAAUUGUAGUAGAAGGACAGGAGGACUCCAAUUGUGUGGCAGGAUUGAAGGGCAGCCUUCCAGGAAAGGUUUAUUCCCAGCAUCGUUUGUUUACAUUCUGCAUGAAUAGAAGGAUGGGUUGAUGAAAGAACACUGUAUUAUUUACUGAAAAUUUAAUCCUCUGCUUUAAGAGUGGCCUCUGAAGGCAGCAUGCCAAGACUUCAGUAGCGUUCCUCUCACAUUUACUAACUUGGUCACCAAUCUGUAGGACGACAUGCUGCACCAGGAAUCAGGCUCACUGAUGCAGAAAUGUCAUCAUAGACUAAAGUGCAAUCCACUUCUCAUUCAAGCCACUGGUAAAAUGUCCAUUGAUUUAAAUAGAAUUGUAGCUACGCUGUAUUAUCUGACAAACUCACUGGCCUCUUUCAUACACACUCAGAGUGGCACAGGAGCCCUUUUUUUGGUGGUUCAAUCCGUCAUUGCUAUGGUUUAUUGUAUGAAUGCCAGACAUCCAAGAGUGAAGCCAACUCCAUGCAUCUUUUCCAACUGAAUCAUUCUUAAACCUCACAGCUAGGUAAUAAUUGGGUGGGAAAGAUCCUCUAGGUUACCUCUCUGAGUGGUUGCUUCAUUCAUGCACACUCGGGCAGCGGUUGUUCCACAGGAAAGCAGCUUCCACACUGUGUAUCUGUGAAUGAGAUCAAUAUGUUCCAGGUAUUCUGUUAGGAAAGCUCCACCUCUUCACUGUUACUCCCUUCCACUGCACGGAAAAAUAGGCAUUUUCAACAAUGUGGUGCUCCCUUUGUGAGUUAGAAUCAUAUAACCUGAAGGACUAAAAGGCUAUGAAGCUCAACCCAAAUGUUAACCAGCGGAAGAUACUUGCUGAGCCUAUAGUUCCUGAUGGCAGAAACAAGUGGGACAAAAUCAUAAUAGCCCCCUUUCAUUGCCCUCCACAAGCUAUGGGAAACAUUCUUUUUGAAUUCCAACAUAGCAAUCAACCAGUCCAUGAAGCAAAAUCCAUCAGCUAAGUCUCCAAUCCCAUGUGCACCCCAUGCAGCAACCUUUUUCUAGUGAUUCAAGGAGCCCCACCUUCCUUAAAAUAAAAUGAAAACCCUCACAUAAAAUAUAUUUCAGUUUUUGCAAAUGUAUCCCACCCUGUGAAUAAAUUCAGAUUUUGCUGCUUAUAUAACACAAGGAUGGUAAAUCUUUGGCCCUUCAGAUGUUGUUGGAUUUCAACUCCCGGCAUCCUUGCCCUUGCUGGCUAUGGCUGAUGGGAGUUGGAGUUCAGCAACCUCUGGAGAGCCAUUGGUUCCUGUUCCUUAGAAGGCUUUCCAAGCCAUCUCUAAUCCCACUCCAAUCUUAACGGGACAGUUUUACCAUUCAUACCAGUGAUUUCAGAAAUAAUAGUUCUAACUGAUCUAAUUACAGGGUGAGUCCUUUAAAAGAGGCCCCAUGGAUACAGAGUACACAUGUUCCAUGGGGCCUCUUUUAAAAGACUCACCCUGUAUAUCCUUAUUGAACAGCACAAGCAUUAAACACUUCAUUGCAAAUAAAGUAUUACCAUUUCUUUACAUAACAGUAACCCUAUUUAUCUAUUCUUACUAAGACUGCCCAACCUGAAAUAUCCAAGAAUUGCAGUUGACAUCUUUACAGCUGCCUUGCGUUAAUAGAUGUAAUCCGGAUUGCCUGAAUCAUCAGAGCUCUUUCCUAUCUGUCUUUUCAAAUGAUAUGAUUCCACCUGAGAAGAAAAUGUACUGCAGUCCAAAACUGUACACUAUUUAAUUUUUGUCUCAUGUUUCUUUAUUUCCUAAAAUUUUUGGUACACCUGAAUGCAUGUUUUAUCACCACCACCACCACUCCUGUAAUAAAUUUUCUUUUGCUUA